UUAGGAGACUAUAUAACGGUAUACCUUAACGACGUCUUAAUAUACUUGAGCGGGAGCCGAAAGGACUAUAUAAGGAAGGUACGCCUCAACCUAGACCUUAAGAAAUAUAUAUUCGCGGUAAAGGAAGUUAAGUACCUAGGGUAUAUCGUAGAGGCUAGGGUCUAUAUCUACCCCGACCCCGAGAAGAUUAAAGCUAUCUAUAAAUAG